GCCUAAGUGUCCAUGCCCGUUUGGUCACGUGUCUCAGGUAGUUUACCUGUCAUGUUAACUGCUGUCUCGUACUGACGGAAAGCAAAGCCUGAUGAAUGACAAGGAAGAGGAAUAUCACCAAAAUGGCGUCCCAGGAGACCUAUCUGGUAGAUAUGUUUCUAACGACAAGGUCAACACAAAUGUACCCUCACAAGACACGCGUAAGGCUCAUCGCAGACCCCGAACUGGAUUUCAGAGAAAUCACCAAAAUGGCAACCAAGGAGGUUUGCCUGGUGGUCAUGCAGCAGACGACAAGAUCAACACCGAUUCUCUCCCGCCAGGCACACACGUAGACAUCCGUCCAGCCCCAUCCAGGGACUCGUCUUCACAACCUGCAUCAGUAACAGGAUCACAGAAUGUUGGCAAGAGCGUUGAGACGAUCACCACGACCAAUUCCAGCAAGUACUUCUUUGAUGAGGAUGAGAACAAGGAACGGGGCAACUGGAGUGGGCGCUUCGACUUCCUCCUCUCAAUGCUGGGAUACGCCGUGGGCCUGGGCAACAUUUGGCGCUUCCCUUAUCUCGCCUACAGAAAUGGGGGAGGUGCCUUCCUCUUCCCCUUCCUCCUCAUGAUGGCCAUUGUCGGAAUCCCUCUCUUCUUCAUGGAAUCAUCGCUGGGUCAAUUCUGCAGCAGAGGGGCCAUGACUUGUUGGAAAUUCUCUCCACUGUUUAAAGGUAUUGGUAUUGCCAUGGUGAUAGUAUCAUCCAUCACAGCCAUCUACUACAAUAUGAUUCUAGCGUGGUCUCUCUACUACCUGUUCGCGUCAUUCACCAGUGAGCUGCCGUGGACGUCGUGCGACAACCACUGGAACACACAAGAUUGCAGUUUAAAACUUCCACUAAUAACCUGCUCCGAAGGCGUUAAAGAGUUAAACGGAACGUGUUACAGUACAGACGACAAAUUUCUUGGAUUGUGGAAUGCCACUUUGUUCACUGCUGUAACGAAAAGGAAAAGGCGUCUACCGUCAGAUGAGUACUGGAAUGGGUAUGCCCUCAACGUGUCACCGGGUAUUGAAGACUUCGGCACGCCACAAUGGAAGCUAGUCUUAUGUUUGAUGUUGGCCUGGGUCAUCUGUUUUUUCUGUCUCAUCAAAGGAAUAAAGUCAACUGGCAAGGUUGUUUAUUUCACAGCUAUUUUCCCGUACGUCGUGCUACUCAUCUUGUUUAUCCGGGGCGCCACACUAGAUGGCGCAGUAGACGGGAUGAAGUAUUUCAUUAUUCCUGAUUUCGCACGUCUCGGAGAUGCCAGGGUGUGGAAAGAUGCAGCAAACCAAAUUUUCUUCUCCAUGUCGAUCGCAGGAGGUGGUCUUAUCACGCUCUCUAGUUACAAUCGAUUCAACAACAACAUUCUCAAAGAUUCGCUGAUUGUGUGUUUUGGAGACUCGUUGACAUGCAUAUUUGCUGGAUUUGUCAUAUUUUCCUAUCUGGGUCACAUGGCCAAAAAACUUGGUGUUCAUGUUAAAGAUGUAGCAACAGAUGGAGCUGGUUUGGCUUUCGUGGUGUACCCCGAAGCGGUGUCCAGUUUACCUCCGUCCACACUGUGGGCGAUCCUCUUCUUCUUCAUGCUGCUCACUCUUGGUCUGGACAGCCAGUUUGCCAUGAUGGAGACGGUACUGACUGCAUUCACAGAUCAGUUCCCACACCUCAGGAAGAAGAAAACGUGGGUCAUACUCGCCUUGUCAUUCUUGUUCUUUUUACUGGGAUUGCCGCUCACCUGCCAGGGUGGAAUAUAUUUACUACAACUAAUGGACACAUACGGAGGUGGAUGGACACUCAUUAUUAUUGGCUUCUUUGAAGUAGUGGCCAUAGCAUUUAUAUAUGGUGCUGAGAGAUUCUUCAAUGAUAUCAGAAUCAUGACUGGACAAAGACCAUCAAUUUACUGGAAGAUCUGCUGGUAUGGAUUAAGUCCUGUCACCAUUGUUUUUAUUUUCAUCUUCACGUGGGUGGACUACGAGCGGAUGACGUACGGCGACUACCUGUACCCGGAGUGGGCCGAUGCUAUGGGCUGGAUCAUGUCCCUGUCCUCCGUGCUGGCCAUCCCCAUCACCAUGAUCUACAAGAUCAACAGAGACGACGAGGGAAGCACCAUCGCACAUAAAAUUCGGCUGCUGACCAUGCCGGCCAGAGACUGGGGACCAGCCCUGCCACAACACAGGAAACUAGUCAAGGAAUAUGUGGACGAUUUCGUCAUCGACCCACAGGAAACAUUACCACCCAAAAGCUACUAUAAUCUUGGAUUUAGUUCUACCACAACUUUAGGCAGUAUGAAGUAUGGAAGCAGCCAGAUUUCAGUGAACUCUGCUGCCCAGUCAGAUUAUACAGCUGGCGGGUCCAUCAGUACCAAGGUCUCCCGCGGAACAGAAUACUCGUUUGAAUCAGUAGUUUGAUAUCUACUGUCAUUAGGCUCCUGCAAAUCAUAACUGUUUUAAAGGAAAGGAAUGUUUCUUUAAUAACUCAGCACAUUUCAAACUACAGCUAUUUGGUGUCUUAACAUAUGGCUAUUUGGACAUGUGGUCUAGAAUGAGAAAACCUACUGCUAACACAUAGGCUACUCCUAUUAAAACACAACAAGUGAUAUUUUAUAAUUACCUCCCCCCCCCCCCCCCAUAGGCAAGAUAGUACACACCAUGGUCAAUGACCACUGCACACACAAGGCCUUUUGUGAUGGUAAUAAAAUGAAGAGAAUUAAAGUUACAAUUUAAACUUCUGAGUGGUAUGCAUGGCUAUUUGCACCAUUUCGAUGUUUUGAUUGACAGCUGAAAGUCCAAGUGUGACAGCUGAAAGUCCAAGUGUGACAGCUGAAAGUCCAAGUGUGACAGCAUGAAGGUCUAUCUGCUGUCAAUCAAAACAUCAAAUCAAAAGCAUGCAAAUAACCAUGCAUACAACAAGUAACUUUAUAUGGUAAAUGACGUGUAUCAUGCCCUUAAGUAACAUUGCAUGGUGUGAUAAGGACGUUUGGUGCAGUGUUGGGUGGGAUUUCAAAAGUGUGCGGUUAUACACAUUUAUUGCACACUUUUCUUAAUGGGAAAACAACUGUUAUUUCACCUGUGUAUUAGCUGAGGUUCAGACAAUCAAUUUGUAAGCAAUGAACCAUUCCAUUUAUUAGUAUAGUUUAUACAUUGUCAAAUAUAUACGCACAAAUGACCAUCUUCCAUUGGUUGUUAUAGUCAAGACAUUUCUUCUGCUUCCCCAGGCCUCUGGAAAAUUAAAGUUUAACUGUUUAUGGAUAUUACACUAAACAAAUUAUAAAUAACCUAGUUCAAUUUCGUGUAACCUAUUACAAUCUUAUACUGUAUAUGAUGUCACAUGUUUCAAUGGCAUAGGAAGGUGCCAAAAAGUGAGUGUGUGUGUGUGUGGGGGGGGGGGGGGGGGGCACAUAUAUAACCAUGACUGCUGCUACUGGGUCAACAAAAGCUUCCUACAGAAUCACCAGUGUGUUAAGACUUGAGCAUGUACCAGGCAAACAAAACUGUAAAAUAUUAAAUACGUUCAGGGCUGGUGCAAUGAAGUAUGGCAUUAUGAAAAGACCUGUUAAUAUUAAUACUAAACAUUUGUAACACAUUUAGAUGUCCUCUUAUCUACAGAGGUUUGUUGUUUGUUAAAAAUAUUUUGUGACUAUUUUAAACGACAUUUAUCUGCUAAUAUUUCUAACCUGCAUAAAUACUGGAAGAGCAUGCAUAUUACGUUUUAAAAUAUUAGUCCGCUACCGAUCUUCGGUCUGUCAGUCUGUCCAAAAUAUAGUUUUUCUGGGAUGUUUCUUCACAAUUCCUUGAGAUAUUGAUCUGACAUUUUGUGUCUAGCUUUAUCAUGUACUGUUAUAGAACAGGUUUGACUUUCGAGGUGGUUUACCCAUUUUUUUGUGGAGUUAUGGCCCCUGAACUUAGGAGAUAUAAAAAUUUGUUUCCUGAACUUUAUUUUUUGGCAACGCCUGAAGAUACUGAGAUGAUAUUUUGUGUAUAGCUUUAACACGUACUGUUUCAGAUCAAGUUUAACUUUCAUGGCGAUUUACCCAGUUGUGGUCCUUGAAUUUAGGAGGUACGAAAAUUUGUUGGUUUCGGUAAGGGACAUGUAUUGUUUUAGCAGUACUCUCAGAAUGCUUGUUUUAUUAAUAUUAUACAUAAAUACAGUCAGAGGCAAAUGUAGGAUUUUUUUUCUAGUGAGGGGGAUGUAUUUUGAAAAAUGGUAACUUACAGUACCUGUAUUUCAAAGUACAUGCGCAUACAUUAUAUAUAUAUAUAAAAACUCCUGAAAAACAUCCAGUUGACCAAGAUAUUACAUGCUCCAAGUAAAAAUACAAAUAAUUGUUUAUCCAUAUACAGUGAAACCCACUAAACUAGAUCCUCACAAGACUAAGUAAAACGUCCAGUUUUUAGGGGUAUCCUUUUUAGAGAGGUUUUGUCCUGUACUGAUAUUUAAAAAGGGACUGUAAAAAAUGUUGUUUUGAGGGAGUUCUGGUCUACUGAGAGUGUUCUGGUCUACUGAGAGUGUUCUGGUCUACUGAGAGAGUUCUGGUCUACUGAGAGUGUUCUGGUCUACUGAGAGUGUUCUGGUCUACUGAGGGAGUUCUGAUCUACUGAGAGAGUUCUGGUCUACUGAGAGAGUUCUGGUCUACUGAGGGAGUUCCGAUCUACUGAGAGAGUUCUGGUCUACUGAGGGAGUGCACUGUAUUUGUUACCUCCUAGUGCCAAGAGUACACCCAUAUUCUGAAUCUGCAACUGACAUGAAAAUAUUUUUAUAAUCCAGUUUUGUACAGGGUUUUUUUAUUGGUUAUUACCAGACAAUUAUUUGAUUAACUGUCUGGGAAUUUUUGUCUUCCUUUUAUAAUAAUCAUACGUUUUAUAUGUAUGUUAGCAGUGUAUUAACAACACCCUUUUUAAGAUUUCUGUUAAUAUUUUAUUACAUACCAUUUUACAAAUAUGUUGUAGUAUAUUUUACGACAUGACAGUUAACAAAAGUGUAACAUUAACAAGACCACUUUUUAGGGUUCUGUUAAUAUUUUAUAACACUAAAAUUACCCCUUUUAUAGGUUAUAUUUACAAAUAUGUAGUUUUAACACUGAAUAAAUGUUUUUAAACAAA